CUCUCGGUAUUUUCACUGGAAGCUGAACCUGUGUGUCAUUUUACUCAUCCUGGUCUUCAUGGUACCCUUCUACAUUGGUUACUUUGUUGUGAGCAAUAUUAGAUUAUUGCACAGACAGAAACUGCUUUUUGCGUGUGUUCUGUGGUUGACAUUCAUGUAUUUCUUCUGGAAGCUGGGGGAUCCAUUUCCUAUCCUCAGUCCAAAACAUGGAAUCCUGUCUAUAGAGCAGCUUAUCAGCCGUGUGGGUGUGAUUGGGGUGACACUCAUGGCUUUGCUGUCAGGAUUUGGUGCUGUCAACUGUCCAUACACUUACAUGUCCUACUUCCUCAGGAAUGUGACAGAUGCAGAUAUUCUGGCUUUGGAGCGACGACUCCUUCAGACCAUGGACAUGAUUGUUAGCAAGAAAAAAAGGAUAGCAGUGGCUCAUAGGACAAUGUUCCAGAGAGGAGAGGUGCAUAACAAACCUACUGGCUUCUGGGGAAUGAUAAAAAGUGUUACAACAUCUGUUGCAGGCAGUGAAAAUCUGUCCCUUAUCCAGCAAGAAGUGGAUGCCCUAGAAGAGCUGAGUCGGCAGCUUUUUCUGGAAACUGCUGACUUGCAUGCAACAAAGGAGAGAAUAGAGUACUCCAAAACUUUCCAGGGAAAAUACUUUAAUUUUUUGGGUUAUUUUUUCUCUAUCUAUUGUGUCUGGAAAAUCUUCAUGGCCACCAUCAAUAUUGUGUUUGACCGUGUGGGGAAGACUGAUCCAGUCACAAGAGGAAUUGAGAUCACUGUAAAUUAUUUGGGAAUCCAGUUUGAUGUGAAAUUCUGGUCUCAGCACAUUUCCUUUAUUCUUGUUGGAAUAAUCAUUGUUACCUCUAUCAGAGGAUUGUUAAUCACGCUUACAAAGUUCUUCUAUGCCAUUUCCAGCAGCAAGUCCUCCAAUGUUAUUGUUCUACUUUUAGCACAAAUAAUGGGUAUGUACUUUGUGUCAUCAGUGCUCCUGAUCCGUAUGAGUAUGCCUCUAGAGUACCGCACUAUUAUUACAGAAGUCCUGGGAGAGCUCCAGUUCAACUUUUAUCAUCGUUGGUUUGAUGUGAUAUUCCUAGUUAGUGCGCUGUCCAGUAUCCUCUUCCUCUAUUUAGCGCACAAACAAGCCCCGGAAAAGCAUAUGGCCCUCUAAGGAAGGACUGCAGUCCUGCACUGCUCCCUGGCCUUCCAACUGCACUGCUGCAACUCCCAUGGACUGCAAAACUUGACGAGAGCCAGGACUGUUCUGUCUGUUCCAGCAAUGUAACUGGCUCUUUGAACUUCCACACGUCAUCAUUGAGCUCUGUGGCUCAGAUGCCAGAGCUUGAAGGAAAAGAGAUGCAUGUAUGGGAUGCGAGAUAGUUCAUUGCCAAGGGAUAAGGGCAUUCCUUGGUAUGCCAAUAUCUAGGGACAUUGGAACUUGCAUAGGAGGCUGUCUGAGACAAUGUCUUUUACUGUUGGAAGAACAUCUUCAUAGAAGGCACCAAAGAAAUGUGAUUUUUCUUUUGAAAAUUGUCUUAUAAUUGAUAUUCAGAGGAUGGCAAUUGUGGAGUUGAAUGUUUGAGUCCGUGGAAUUAAAUAAGUUUUUG